AUGUUGAAUUUUCAAGUUAUUAUGUUGAAUUUUCAAGUUAGUAUGUUCAAUCCAAUAACAUGGCUCACAACCCAUCCUACAAGAUUUCCUACCACCAGUCCAUCAAUAGUAGUAGGACUAGUAGUAGAGGAUGUUCGACUAGUAGUAGGAGAUGAUUUAGAACUGGUAAUAAGGGGUGUCAUUGGACUAGUAUUACAAAAGAUUAUUGUACUGGUAGUAGGGGGUGUUAUUGUACUGGUAGUAGGGGGUAUUAUUGUACUGGUAGUAGGGGGCAUUAUUGUACUGGUAGUAGGAGGUGUUAUCGUACUGGUAGUAGAGGGUCUUAUUGAAUAA